CAGUUCUCAGUCGCAGUCCCACCGCUAAAGAUCGUGCUUCCGUGGUUUCGUGUGUCGUAAAAAAAACGUGGUCCGCUGUUACCCAAUCAAAGUAGUUUGCCGGAAUGAGUCUCGCACCGUCCAAAUGUGCCCUGUGCGGAGUUGAGGCGAGCCUGAAGUGUGCCGGCUGCAAGCGGGUCGUGUACUGCAGCCCGGAACACCAGAAGAAGCACUGGAAGCGCCAGCACAAGAACGAGUGCGCUAAGCCUUAUGAGAUCGUGCAGCACUCUGAGAACGCGAAGCUGGCCCGCAACGAGGAAGUGGGUCGCUUCUUCCUGGCUACGGAGGCCAUCCCCAAGGACACCAUCCUGUUCACCGAGUCACCGAUGGUCAUCGGGCCCAAGUGGAAUCUGGACGAGUACGAGCAGCGAUCGGCGAUCGUCCCGUGCGUGGGCUGCUUUACCGACUGCCAGCUGGGGGUGUACCGGUGCGAUCGGUGCAACUGGCCCGUUUGCAAGCCCGACUGUCCGGGGUUGGUCAACGCGAAUCUGCACGCGAUCGAGUGCCCGAUUCUGCGCUUUGGAGGGGGUCCGAAGCCCCGCGAUGAUCCGGAAGCGGUGUUUGAUUACUAUCGGUACGAUGCGAUGCUGGUGCUGAAGUGUCUGGCGUUGCAGAUCCACAACAGGCCGUUGUUCGAUCAGAUGAUGCAGCUGGAGAGUCACUACGAGGCACGCAAGGGUAGUCAGUACUAUCGGGAUGCGGACGACCGGACGGUGCAGUAUCUGCUGAAGAACUUUUUGGCACCGCUGAAGAAGCAGGAGGAGAUCCAGGGCAAGACGGUGCUGCCGGUUGCCGAUGCCAAGACGCUGCACAAGAUCUGCGGCAUUCUGGAGGUGAACGCGAUGGUGAUUCCGUUGACCAACGGUCGCGAGAUCUGCGGACUGUACCCGAUCGGAUGCAUGCUCGAGCACUGCUGCAUGCCGAACUGCUUCUACACGUUCGACUGCACCAAGGGGAUGAAGCUGACGUUCAAAGCGGGACGGGACAUUCAGAAGGGUGAACACCUCUCCACCACGUACACCCACGCCCUUUGGGGAACGCAGCAACGUCGCGAUCACCUCAAGACCAACAAGUACUUCUCGUGCAGCUGUGCCCGUUGUGCGGACCCGACCGAACUGGGAACCUACCUCAGUGCUCUGCGCUGUCUGGGCGUAGAUGGCGUCGGAUGCAGCGGAUACCAACUCCCGAUCGAUUCGCUCAACGACGCUAGCGACUGGAAGUGCAACCAGUGCCCGGUACAGAUAGAAGCGGACCAGGUCAACUUCCUCCUAGCCAAGAUCGGCGAAGAAAUGGACGACGCGAUCGAGCAGAAAACCUCGAUCAAGCAAAAGGAGGACAUGAUCGCCAAGCUGUUGACCUUCCUGCACCCGAACCACUACCACAUCUUCGCGCUCAAGCACUCCCUUAUCCAGAUGUACGGUCACCUCAAGGGCUACCAAACGCCUCAGCUGUCCGAUCGGGACCUGGCCGACAAGAUCGGUACCUGUCGCGAGCUGAUGAAGAUCAUCGACACGCUGGAUCCGCACUCGUUCCGGCUGAGUCUGUACGCCGCGGUAGUCCUGUACGAGCAGCACACGGCACUGCUCGAGGUUACCGAGCGGAAGCUGAAGGCGGGAGUUUCCAAGGAAGAUGCCGCCGUGCGGAAGAACUACAACGAAGUGCUGCACUGUCUGAUGCGGGCCAAGCAGGUGCUGGCCAAUGAAAUGGGAACGCAGCAGGGUAUCAGGCUGCUGGAGGAAAUUAAGAGGGCCACGGAAAAGGCGGAGGGAAUUAUUGUGUAGAUUGGUAGUUUUGAGUGAAUGAAUAAAAGUCGUUUGUUU